CGCUGAUAAAGGCACAGAUCGGCCGGAUCGGCGCAGAUGUCAUGCGGUCGCGAUUCGUGCGCCGCCGACCUCCGCGUGUUUGAUGGUUAGCCGUCGUUCUGCCCGUGCCGCUCGUAAGAUUCGCUCGUUUGAGAUUCACGCAUAUAAUACGCCCUGUGCUCUCGGGAAGUGCCGACUAAACGGAGUCUGACAACAACGGCAUUGUCUUCAUCGCCAAGCUAAAACAAAUAAUAACCUAGUCAUGGAGAAUUACACGUCAGACUCCAGCGACUCCGAUUCCGCUUUAAGAACGUUGGACCUGUCCUAUUUGUUGCUGGACAACGAAGUGUUAGAUAAGCAAUUUCUCAAUACCAAAAGCCCAGAGCAAGUGGAUACCUUGUUGUUGAGGCAAAAUCUUCUCAUGAACCUUCCUGCCAGUAUCAAUAGAUUCACCAACUUGAAUUUCCUCGACAUCUCGAACUGCGGCCUCACCAGAUUGCCAGAUUUUUGGGCGGAUUGCCCUUUGACCUGCUUGAUUGCGAAACACAAUCACCUGGCCAAUGAUGGAUUAGCGAAGGAUUUUGAAAAUCUCGCUAGUCUGAGGGAACUCAAUUUAAGUGGUAAUAGACUCACGGAAUUUCCUGAUCAGAUUCUCGAUCUACCUGGCUUAAGGUAUCUUUAUUUGGGCGGCAAUCGUAUCAACGAGAUUACCAAGGACAUCUGGAAGCUGCACAGGUUGCGAGUUUUGUCGAUGGGAGACAACAGAUUAACAGAAGUACCGUCCACCCUUGGUGAACUGAAGGCCCUACAGGCUCUCGUACUUUGCGACAACAUGCUAGAGAGCCUGCCAAGCUCGAUAGCCAAUUUAACAAAUCUGAAGACUUUAUCGCUUCAUAAGAACAGACUACGGACACUGCCUACCGAGAUAAUAACGUUAAAAUGCCUCACAGAGUUGUCUUUACGAGAUAAUCCAUUAGUGGUGAGAUUUGUAUCCGAUAUGACACACAAUCCGCCGUCGUUGCUGGAGCUAGCGGCCCGCAUCGUUAAGACUAGCGAUAUUCGCUACGACAAUGAGAGUAUACCGCACAACCUAGUGCAGUACCUCAAUAGCGGCCACCAUUGUGUCAAUCCUAAGUGCAAAGGUGUUUUCUUUAACAACCGUGUGGAGCACAUUAAGUUUGUCGACUUCUGUGGCAAGUAUCGCUUGCCGCUGCUACAAUACUUGUGUAGCAGCAAGUGCAUCGAGCCACGCGACAGCGAUGAGGAACUCGUGAGCGGUGCCAUGAUCAGAAAGGUUCUUCUCGGCUAAUGAGAUCUUAAAGAUAUAUAUAUACAUUUCUGUAAUAGAUGACAUUGAGAAUAUU